AUGUCAUUUGAUUUCAAUUCGGAAAUCACUGCACAGCAGCUGGCCGAUAUCUUGCCGAACGGCAUUGCCAUACUCAAUCAUCGAUAUGAGUCAAUCUUUGCGAGCCGCCAAUUCCAGAAGCUGAUACCAUGCCCCAACGCCGAUUUUCGUGAGUGUUGGCUCCGCUCCGUUCACGUCGACGAUUACGAUCGAGCUGCUGCUGGACUCCGGGACGCCGCAAGAGAUCGAAAAGCGCUUCACAUUGAAUACCGCACCCUCGACCCAAAAAACAGUGAAAAUGGUGGGUAUGUUUGUACAGUCGCAGAUAUAACCUCACAAAAGAAUGCUGCGAUUGUCCAGCGAAAGGCAGUCGAGGCAGCGCAGGAGUCCAAGGAGCAACAGGAGCGAUUCAUCGACAUGAUCAGUCACGAAAUACGAAAUCCUCUCUCGGCUAUAUUACAUUGCACUGAAGACAUCCUCGAAGCAGUGCACGAUAAGAAAGGGUCCGAUAUCUCGAGGCACGACAUUGCCGAGUCCGCGGAGACAAUCGGUCUCUGCAUCGCCCAUCAAAAGAAGAUAGUGAAUGAUGUUCUUACUUUUUCAAAACUCGAUGCCUCAAUGCUAUCACUCUCACCGCGCAGUGUACAACCGAAACAAGCCCUUACCAGCCCACUUGCGAUCUUCCGACCCGAGACCCGCAAGCAGCAUAUUCAUUUUGAUUAUGUAGCCGAUAUAUCUUACGACACAUCAAAAAUUGAUUGGGUGAUGGCGGACCUAGAUCGAAUGGGCCAGGUCCUAGUCAACUUGCUUUCGAAUGCGAUCAAAUUCACCUCCCAAUCGAAGGACGAGCGAUUAAUCCGGGUUUCGAUAGGGGCGGCGAUAGACAGGCCAACCUCUUACCCCCCGAACGUGGUCUUCUUCGAAUCAGGAAAGGAGGCAUUGAAAGAAGAUGGGACAGACAACUGCGAGUGGGGAUCUGGUGAUGUUGCGUACAUUAUGGUCGCUGUCAAGGACUCGGGUAUUGGCAUUAGCGACCAUGCCCAGAAAAAUCUCUUCAAGCGUUUCAACCAAGCAACUCCUAAGACCGAGAGCGUUUACGGCGGCUCAGGCCUGGGUCUGAAUGUGUGCCGAAAGCUUUGCCACCUACACGGGGGUGAAAUUGGGGUGAGCUCAAGAGAAGGACAUGGGAGUACCUUUGGCUUCUUUUUCAAAGUGCGCCGGAGUUCCAAGCCAGCAGAUGGCACACCGGGCCGGCAAAGUACCUCUCAAAUGGAUCAAUUGGCCGCCGAUAUCCAAGUUCUGGGGAAUGAAAUGAGUGGAGUGAACCGAACAACCGAGGAACCUGUGAUCUCAAAGAACCCAGCCGUGAAGAGGGCUGGAGAGUCAGAGCUCGGCCCCCUCGAUGAUGACAGGACGACGCAUACAGGAAUUCUGGCGAGUCAGGUCACGGAUGAAAAGGCCGACCGCGAUCGGCGAAGGUCGUCGCGUAGCGAAGAGGGUGACACAAACAACCGUGUUCUUCUGGUUGAAGAUAAUAUUAUCAACAGACGGGUUCUUUCGCGAAAGUUGAGAUCUGCAGGAUUCCAGGUUUCAGAGGCAUGCAAUGGGCAAGAAGCGGUGGAUUCUGCCCAGCUUCACGACUUUGACUGCAUAUUAAUGGAUCAAGAGAUGCCCGUGAUGAAUGGCUGUACAGCCGCAAGAGCAAUCCGUGAUUUGGAGAAAGAUAGCUCUGGGCAUGUUCCGAUACUUGGAGUCACAGCGAAUGUUAGAGCGGAUCAGGACGCCGAAAUGCUUGAUGCUAAGAUGGAUGAUAUCAUUCACAAGCCAUACAGCAUCGGAGAGUUGGUUCAAAAGAUAAACAGCAUGGUAAAGCACUCCGGAAGCUAA